UGAAUUUCCAGAAAACAGUCACCUGCAAAGAUGGUGGUGUCUUGAAUAAGUGUUAUUAUUGUGGAAGCAAAGUAUAAUACAAGCAUAAUGCCUCAAUGCUAUUUUCUGGAUCAUUGUUUUAGUGUGCUUGAUGCCUUGAAGCUUUCAACUGCUCCAGUUGGAGGAUAAUAUGUUCUCCGCCUGAGAAAGACAGCUUUUGAUCUAAGCAGAGGAAAAGGACGUUACCGGAAGGGGAAAAAUAUCACCACUUGCUUGCACUCAUACGGGGUCCAUCUCCCUUGGUUUGCCGCUGGUUACUACUACUUCGGGGUUCAGCAUUUAUUAUGGCGUUCGUUCCUUCGGCAUCUGCGUUCUCUUUGCCUCUUCCGUCAUGGCAGCAACCUGCCAGCGUGCGGGUAGCUCGCUACGAGGCCAGAAAGCGCAAGAAACAUUCAGAUGACUGGGGCGACGACAAUGGAGAUGGCGAAGGAGAAACGACGGAUGCUGCGUCGGAAAUAGCGGCUACUGCUCCGUCGCUAACAUUGUCUCCUGAAGAAGCCCAUCAAUAUCGCGUUGCUGGCCUUUCAUUCGACGAAGCAUUACCAGGAGGCCUUUUCCCUCAUGCCCCUGCUAAGAGCGACUCUACUAAGAAGGAGAACCGUGGGGAUAUCUUGAAAAGUCUCUCUUCCUUGUCUCCUCCGAUAUAUCCUCCACAAUCCAGUGCCUACCAGGGCAACCUUCGACUGCAACAUUUGGCCGUCAUCACUUCCAUUCUGCACCGCUGCCUUUUGCAAGGUGACUACAUCCGCGCCGGAAGAGCCUGGGGAUUGAUACUCCGCGAAGAAUUUGCCGGUUCUCCCAUCGAUGUUCGCACUGACGGCAGAUGGGGCAUUGGCGCUGAGAUCCUGCUUCGACGUGGCCGCCAGGUAGCAGAAAAUGCACCAGGGGUUCAGCCGAAAGGUGACGGACACGAAAGCGGAGGAGGGCAUAUUUCAAGGCCAUACUUUACACGGAAGGGGUUUGAAGAUGCUAAGCACUAUUACGAGAGGCUUAUUGUACAACACCCGUACCGCAAAUCCGCUCCCGAUGCUAUCAGUUCCUUGCACUUUUACCCGGCAAUGUUUGGUCUGUGGGUAUACGUUGUCCAAGAGGAGAGUAAUUUAGCCAGAGAAGAUAUUCACAGUCACCAUGAAGACUCGCCCGGAGAAUUCUCGGAAGAUGAAGAAUUAGGGCAGGGCUUCGACGGCGAAUCCGGAUCUAAGCACAGAAAGCAUCAUCUUAUCACAAGCGUACGAGCGCGUGAACUCGAAGAAGCACAGCAAAUUGCGGCCAGGAUGGAUGAGAUACUUGUCUCUCCCCCGUACUCGGAUUCUCCUGAGCUGUUGGAGCUCAGGGGUAUGGUAUCGCUUUGGAUUGGAGAUCUCUUUGUGUCAUGUGUCCCCCACCAAGAAGAGGACGAAUACGAUAUUGACGAUCGCAGUUCUGUGAAAGAGGAUGCCGACCAUCUACAUGACUCUAUUCAAGCCAGACGUGAGCGACGGCUUGCAAUGGAAAAAAGACAGUCGGAAAUUCUCAAAUCAAGAGAAUUCUUUGAAAAAGCAAGGCAACGUGGCAGAAGUGUUGCCUCGACAUUGGAACACUUUCACAUUGAUGACAAUGCUUCGAUGGCUUCAUCCGGUAUGGGGUUCUAGAAGAUCUCAGCUUACUUUGCGCUUGGUUCACAAAUGGGAAUGUGUUCUAUGUAGAUAGCUUAACAAUUGUACAUUACAGAUAAACCUCAUAAACACGC